AUGCCAUUUCCAACUAUUACUUCUUUAAAUUUGUUAGAAUUACAUAUUUGUGUGGAUUAUUUCAGUGAUUUGCUUUGUUUACUUGAUGGACGUUUCAAUCAACUACAUACAUUAUAUGUUAAUAUCUAUCAUAUUAAAUACAGCCGUUCAAAAAUUAAUAGUGGGGAAAAAUUAUCUAAUCUAAAGUGUUUCUCGCUAUAUUCUGAUAUGCGUACACUUGUUUAUGAUGAAUUAAUUGUACCAUUUCUACAUCGAAUGUUGAACUUAGAAAAACUUGAUUUACAUCUUAAGGUAGAUCGUCAUAAAGGAUUUAUUAAUGGGAAUGAUUUAAAAGAAAAUAUUAUCAAUUAUAUGCCACGAUUAAAUAAACUUACAUUUAAUAUUCGUUUAUUCAAUCAUAUUUCUAAUAAAAUUAAUUUACCUUCAAAUGAAGAUAUUCAAUAUACAUUCAAAGAUUUUAAAGAUAAUCAAAUUAUUUCUUGUGUUGAUCUUUUUCAAGAAGAACAAUUUCGUUACUGUCAUAUUUAUUCAUAUCCAUAUAAAAUGAAAUAUUAUGAUAAUAUUUCAAAUAAUUUUCCGGGUGGAUUAUUUAAAUAUGUUCAUAAAGUAUCAUUAUAUGAUGAAUAUCCAUUUGAACAUGAAUUUUUUCUUCGAAUUGAGAAAUCAUUUCCAUUCAUGAAAGAAUUAACUGUAAUUAAUGAUAAACCGCAAAAGAAUAAAUUAUAUAGAAAAUCAAAGAAUGACAAUCAAGAUUCAUCAAUUAUUAAAUAUCCUCAUCUGACUGGUCUCAAUCUUGUUAGAGCUCACGAUGAUUACGUCGAACAAUUUCUAGUUGAUACGGAAAUGUGUUUGCCAAAUGAUGUUCAUCUUUCUGUCUAUUAUGAAGCAAUAAAAAUGGUUACUGAAAAUUUCACAAGAAAUACAACACGAAUUAAUUGUGCAAAACUGCGUUCUUUACAUCUAUGGCGUGCAUGUGAAAUUACUAAACAUGUAAAAGACUAUUUUCCUCAUACACACAUAUUUUGAUUUGUAAAUGAUUGCUACAAUAAAACAUUGAAGGAAAACGGAUUAAUUUUUAUAUAGAUAAAAGGUAUUACAAUGGAGAGAAAUGAAUGAAAGAAAAUUCUAGUUCGAAAUAAGUUUUUAAUGAACACAUUGUUACGAAUAAAAGUAUGCUCACCAACUUAUGCAUAUAUUUUCGUAAAAAAUCGAAAAUCAAAUCAUAAAUGAGGAAUAUUGAUUCGUAUUGAGAGAACAAUAAAUUGUUAUUGAACUUCGUCAUCGAAAUAAUUACAUGAAAUAAGAGUAAUUGAUUUUAUUGAAUGAGAAGUAUGUAAAUGAAUGUGACUAGAAAUUUGUUUGUUUUCCAAAUUCACGUUCUUUUUUUUGAGUUAAUUGUGACAAUUGAACGUUUUAAAGCUAAAUUGAAAUACGAUCAAAGUGUUGAAUGUAAAUGAAGAAGAAAAAAAAAUUGAUCCAAUAAUUUUAACAAGUAUAACUUUGUCAAAAAUAAAACAGUGUCAAGAUAUUACUUGUAUACAUAUGUAUUGGAAAUAGAAUAAGUCCGAUAGUUAUCAUCGCUAGAAAAGCAUAAGAUUGACAUGUUGAACUCUUUCAUUUAUUGAUGUUAAAUCAGUUCGAAAGAUUUUAUUUGUUAUUGUUGAUUAUGAAUACCUUUUUUUGAAAUAUUUUCGGCAAUGUAAUUGAAUUGCUCUCCAAACAAUUAAAAUUAUUACUAUAAUUAAUUAUUAUUCCUGUUGAAAAAACUCAAAAAUCUAAACUUAUUUCCAUAUAUUCGAACUCA